CAAGAUAGUCUACAAACAGUACAUCUCUCAGCUUUGUCUGAAACUGAAAUUAUCUCUUCUCUCUCUCUCUCUUACAAUGUCUGAAGGAGGUUUAACGGUGCUUGAUGGAACCCAUCUACGAUCACUCAAUCUCUCUUUGCCCGAACUUAACGGCAGCGUAACGGGAGCUCAACUCCUCGAAAUCGCUGACUCCAAAGCCUCCAGCUCUCUCUUUGGCCUCUCAUUGCCUCAAAAAGUCAAAGCCUCCGCUCUUUCUCGUGUCACCGCCGGCGCCGGCGAUGAUGAUGUUACUUUCCGGAAAAAGGAGCUCGCCGGAGAAAAAGCGUCUAAGGUUCUGUCUGACUACAUCUCUGCCAUUGCUGAUGGUUUGAAAGAUGAUCCCCUAGUGGUGUCAAUAUUGGAUGGGAAUACUUUGAAGCUGCUUUUGGAGGAUGAAGAUGAUUAUGCUAUGCUAGCAGAGAAUCUGUUUACUGAUUUGGAUAUAGAAGAUAAAGGAAAGAUUCGCAAGAGUGAGAUAAGGAAAGCACUUGUUCAGAUGGGAGUUGAAAUGGGGAUUCCUCCUUUUGCAGAAUUUCCUCUGCUAAAUGACAUCUUAAAAAAGCAUGGAGCUGAGGGGCAACAAGAAUUGGGCCAAGCACAAUUUGCUGAAUUACUUCAGCCAAUUCUGCAGGAAACAGCAGAUGCAUUGACUGAGAAACAUAUUGUUGUCAUCCAGAACAUCAAGGUUGUCAAUGGUUCUGACCUAAGAAAGCUCUUGGCAGAUGAGAAGCAAUUCAAUGAUGUCAUACAGAGGGUUUUGCAGGAAAAGAAGAGUGGAAAAGAUGAGCUAGGGAAGACAGAGCUAAUCAGGAGUUUCCUUGAGAAACAUGGAAAAGAUUUGGGCUUGCCACCAGUAGAAUCCAAUGAAGCUGCAACUCUUCUCUAUGAUGCAGUAUUUUCUGAAGUUGAAAGUGAGGAGAGUCCUGCACAAGUGGAGGAUGAAUUUCGGGAAUAUGUGAAAGACGUCCUCAAGAAGUUUGCAGAGCAGCUUGAAGCCAAUCCCAUCUAUUGUGACCUUGACAAUUAAGGGAAUGGCUGCACUUUGAAUCCAUUUCUUUGAUUGGCAGAUCAUGCUUGUAGUUAUCCGGCAUUUGCUUCUCUCCACAGGGGUGAUUAUGUUAAUAUUUAUCUACCUAUUAGACAUUGUAUACAUGGUAAUUGGGUCUUUGUCGCGUCUUUGAUUCACACUGUGCUUUGAUGACGCCCCCCACUGCCCAAAUUUCCUCACUUCUGAACCACAUUACAGCAAAUAUAAAAUGACCUUAUGGCCAUGCAUGCUGGCUAUUGUCAUUGUUUUGAUUUCUAGAUACUUGUGCUUUGUUA